AGCCAUGAGCGACCCAGAGGCGGAGCAGGGCGAGCAGGGCUACGAGGAGAGCCCGGAGGAGCCAGGACCUGGCUCUGAAGCGCCUUCUCCAUCUCGGAUAGACAAUGGACUCGACACCAUUAUAGAUAUUGAUCCCCAAACGCAGCACGCGGAGGAGGGCUCAAACACCGCUUAUGAAUCGGAGCAGCCGGACGUUAUUUCCUCUUACACGGGCGGGCAACAAGAGGAGGAUGGCGAGCAAGCGGGCAACGGCGCGAUCGACGAGACUACGGAGGAAGCAGCGGGUGAGGCGGAUGAUGGGGGGAAAGCUUCUGGUUUCGCAGUGGAGGUGGAUGCCGGAACAGACGCCGCGGCGGAGGGAGACCUUGAGCCGGAGCCCGAGCCGGAGCGCCCUGCCUCAGCCAGCGGCGAGCCGCAGCCCACAGCCUCCACCUCGCGCCCAGCCUCCGGCGCCGCCGCGCGGCCAGCCUCCGCACGACCCACCUCGGCACGGCCGGGGUCAGCAGCGCCGCGGCAGCCCUCGGCCAGUGGCGGCAGCCGCCCCGGGUCGGGGCACCCGGUCAACUUGGCGCCGGACAGCGUGGGGCUAGCACAGCAGCAGCAACAGAAGUCACAAAUAGAGGUGGGAGCACAGGCAUACGAGGCGCGGGGGUCGUCGCGGCCGCAGUCCGGCGGCGACGCGUAUGGGCAGGCGGAGGAGGCUUCGGCCGCGGCCGCUGCUGGGCGGCCGUCCACGUCUCAGUCGGGAUCACGGCCGCCGCCGAGCCGCGAGGGCGUGGCGGUGGUGCCGUCCAUUCCGGAGGACCAGCCGCUGGCGGUGCCCAUCCACAUUGAGCGCUACAUCGCGCCGGGGCUUAAGGCCAUUGAGGUGGAGGUGGCCCAGGGCCCGGGCAUGCCGCACCGCCUGGUGCGUGUGCUGCUGGACUACACGCAGUGCGACGCCAAGCCCUACCUGGGCGGCUUCCGCAACAAGCGCACCGGCGCCGUGUACCACCACGGCGCCACGCAGACGCCGCGCGCGCCCAAGUACAGCGAGGCCGACCGCAAGCUGAGCCGCGAGACGCAGACCGUCAAGAUCAAGCAGCACAGCCAGCAGACCGUGCGCGAGCAGGCGACCCAGAUGGCGCGGCCGGGCGUGCUGCUGGACAACGACUAUGACAAGGAGGUCACGCCGGGCCGCUACCAGACCGCCGACGAGCGGGACGAGAUCGUGCUGCGCUCCACGCUGCGCAUCCAGCGCUGGGUGCGCGGCUGGCUGGGCCGCAAGCGCGCCGCCUACCUGCGCGGCAAGAAGAUGGAGCGGGAGGCCUUCCUGCGCGACCAGGAGGCGCGCGCACAGAGCGAGGCGGAGGAGCACCGCCGGCGCGAGAUCCAGCGGCGCAUGCACCCGCGCACCGCGGCGGACUUUGAGGUGCUGUACAAUGAGCUGGAGGCCUGGCGGCUGCAGGAGACGCGCAAGAUCAAGGAGGCGGGGCUGGCCAAGGAGCAGGAGCAGCAGGUGCUGCAGCAGCUGCUGCACAAGGAGACCAAGCUGCUGCAGACCAUCGACCGGCUGAAAAUCAACGCCAAUCAGGAGAAUAAGGAGGCGCGCAUCCAGCACACGCUCAACGAGAUGUCCAAGCCCAAGAAGUUCGCUCUGCGGAACGGCGGCAAGGUGGACGUGCACACGCCCUUCACCACCCGCGCCAAGGAGCUACAGCAGCUCUACAACGGCCUGAACCUGCCGCUGCUGACGGUGGAUGAGCGGCUGGAUGUGCUGCUGCACGUCAAGUGGACGGUCAAGGAGUUUGACUGCGACCUGACGCGUGAGCUGGUGGACCUCAUAGACCGCGAGGCGGACCUGCUCAACCGCGGCCGCAACCCCAAGAUGCUGGAGGGCCUGCGCAAGCGCAUCAGCUCGCUGUUCCUUAACUUCAUUGAGACGCCCGAAUUCAACCCGGAGGCGGUGCGCUUCCAGAUCGUGCCAAUGGACUUCGAGGCCUACCUGUACGAGCAGGUGGGCAAGGCCACAGCCAAGGCCGGCACCUCGGUCGGCACACGGACGCUAUCGUGAGCGGAUGUACUAUGAGUGGCGCGGCCGGCGCCGGGCUGGUGUAACCGUGCGAGGGAGGUCGUGUGGGCACGCGGUGGGGCAGUAGGCGGUCGGUAGUGCAGGACUUACGGAUUAGCGGGAGGCUUGGCAGCCGGCAGGUGCGGCCGCAGACAAGUUUGCGGAGUGGCAUGCAGGACUGCGGGUCGUGCUGUGAAGUGCGGCUGGUGUUGGCACGGCCAAAGUGUACAGAGGCGGAGCGUUUGCUGCUGCCGAAGGAGGUUAUGGUGCUCCAGACGUGUGCUGGACAAUAGCUCAGAUGGGUUUCAGGUUUCCAACGUCAUGUUAUGUACUUCCCUGACUCGCGAAUUCGAGGAACCAGUCAACCAGCUGCCGGCCAAGGCCGGAGGACACACAACAGGUCGAGUCGCACACGGAUCACCUUGUAACCACACACAACA